AUGCAGCUUUACAUACUCUCACCCAUAUUUCUGCUCGCUUUGUAUAAGUGGGGCAAGAAAGCUGCAGCUGGAAUCUUUGUUUUCAUGCUUCUGCUCUCCGCCUGCCUUUUCAGCACGAUGAUGACCAAUAAGUAUCCCAUUUAUAUGGAGCAAGGAAUCCUCGCUGGCGAAGGUCAACGCAAACUUUACUUUGCCACCCACACGCAUGCAGCUCCUUGGCUGAUCGGCGCUCUGUUCGGCUAUUUCUUCCAUGUGAAUCGUAAAAGGACCUUUCAGCUGAAUCGUCUUAUGAUCUGGUUAGGCUGGCUCAUUAGCUUGGCAUUGAUAUUCACCUCUAUAUUCGCCCUCCACGCGUCUGCCCAAUGGGGUGCGCCAAACCUGACCUUGCUAGAGGCGGCCUCCUACUAUACACUAACCCGCAUCGCUUGGCCACUUGGUUUGUGCUGGGUGGUGUUUGCCUGGAUGAGGGGCUAUGGUGGUUUGGCCAAUAGCUUCCUCUCUUCUCCACUGUGGCAGCCGCUCUCGAAACUGUCCUACUGCGCCUACAUCUUUCACAUUGUCAUACAACAAACCAACGUAGGACGCAUACAGAUAAGCCUUUAUUUCUCCGACUACGAUGUGAUGCUAAGCUUUUGGGGCACCUUCGCCUUCACCUUACUUUUGGCCUACGUGAUGUACAUCAUCGUAGAGGGACCUUUUGGCGUUAUGGAGACCAUGCUUAUGCCCAAUCGUAGAGCCGCUCCAAAGGCUAAUACCCCCGUUGAGUCACCUGUUAUGCCCACAGUUGAACCUACAAUCGAAACCCCAAAAACAAAUUUAGUUACAGUAGUGGAGCAAGAUGUGGAAGCGUCAACCAGUAGCGUAGCGGCGGCUUAA